AAUGUGGAGCCUGGAAAAUAAACUGCGAGAAGAGCAAAAUCGAACCAAAUUUUCGGUCCUCAAUGCUGAGAUGAUUCACAAACAUCAAAUGUCACAAGCUGAGAUUGAAAUUCAGCAGUUGUCACGACGAUUGACCAAUGCCCGGUCAGAGUUGGACGAGCAGGCAGAGAAACUCAGUAACCAGUAUCAGAGGUCCAUCAGAACGGAUAAACUCCUGCGGGAUCUGACAAUGGAGAACGCCCAGCUAAUGGAAGCCCUGCAGGUCACAGAGAAGAGACAGAAAGACGCAGAGGAGAAAUACUACAAAAUGGCUGAGAGAUGCCAAGCCUGGCAAGAUGUGACAACCCGCGUUGCCCGAUCAGCCAUAGUUAGGUGACAUAGCAUGCUCUGAAGUCAGUGUUAGAUUUUCCUCUCGUGUAAGAUAAUGAAUACGAGUGAUUAUCAGCAUGUAUUGAUUAUGUGUACCUGUAUAUCUCAAGUCAGUUUAGUUGAAGAUAAUGUUAAUCUCUGUACAAGGUGCAGCAAUCUGUCCAAAUGUUAAGCUGUGGCAUGUGCAUUGACGGUGAUAUUGGAAAAAGUGUUACAUUUAAUUUGAAAUUGAAUAUUGCAUCAGCAUUAUGUGCCUUAUAUAUGUGUUUGUAGUGAGAGAUUGAUCAUAGGAUAUGACAUCUUCCAUGGAACAUAUACAUGCAGAACAAGACAUCUUCCAUGGAACAUAUACAUGCAGAGCAAGACAUCUUCCAUGGAACAUAUACAUGCAGAACAAGACGUCUUCCAUGGAACAUAUACAUGCAGAACAAGACAUCUUCCAUGGAACAUAUACAUGCAGAACAAAACAUCUUCCAUGGAACAUAUACAUGCAGAACAAGACAUCUUCCAUGGAACAUAUACAUGCAGAACAAGACGUCUUCCAUGGAACAUAUACAUGCAGAACAAGACAUCUUCCAUGGAACAUAUACAUGUAGAACAAGACAUCUUCCAUGGAACACACAGAACAAGACCUCUUCCAUGGAAUACAUAGUACAAGACAUCUUCCAUUGGACACUUACACUAGAACGAGACAUCUUCCAUCGGGCACAUAGAACAAGGCCUUUCCCAUGGGACACACAGAGCAGUACAGCCAUGGGGUGAUAAGUGUUUAUCAGUGCAUUAUAUCAUUAUAUACUUGUCCUCAUUCUGUGAUAUUAGGGCGUUAGGGGAUUAUGCAUGUAGUUACAUCAUUAUAAAUACUGGAAUGUUUGUCUAUAUUUAUAGAGACCUGUGUCUAGUACAUUAUGGUCAAUGUUCAAUGAUCAUUACAAUGCUCCAAAAUGAGAAAAAAAAAGUAUAUUUUACGACUCAAAGUUAAAAAAUAAAUUUAUCUUACAUGUGUAUGUUACUAUCAUAAUUUGAAAUGUGCAAUAUAUUUAUUUUUUUAAUGUAAGAAGAUUCCCCAGUGCAUUCCUAUCUCGGUUGUAUUUUUUUUUUUCGAAAUUUUUUGAUGUAAUGUUUAUUUAUUAUAUGUACAGUUACAUUGUUAUUUUUUAAGUGCAGUUAUACAUGAUAACCAGAUAGUGACUGAUAUUUGAAGUAUUCCACUGUAUGUUGUCAGAAAGACACUGUCAUGUUUUGCAAAUUCAUAUCCAGCCUAAAUUUCAUCUGAAAUUGUUUUACGUAAACUAUGUACAAUGUUUGCAAAACUUCAUACAAACAUACAUUUUGUGUAACGUUUGUCAUAAAUGCUGUCACAUACAUACAUAUGCAGACGUUUUUACGACAAAAGAAAAACGAAGUUGAAUGUUUGUGACUGUAACUCCAGUGUCCUUCCUUUCUAUGAUACUUUUUUGCAGCUUCAUUGUUUGGUGACUGUUCUUUUAUCUGUCUCAGAAGUGGCGUGUUAAGUUUUAUGAUAGUCGCCUUACAUUAUUUUACUGUCGCAGUGUACCAUGACCAAUUUAGUGCUUAUUUGUUCAUUUUGGCCUCUCAGGAAUAGACCAUGAUAUUUGUCUGCAAUCUUAAAGAUUCGCUAGUUUUUAUCUUAUCAUUUGCUGUAAGUCCAAGGUUAUUGUCAUAUCUGACCCUAUUAAGCCGUAUGUCCGCAUAAAUGAUAGGAGUACAGUGUAAAUUAGCAAAACCAUCAUCUACGUGGUGAUAAUGAACUAUCUCCACAAUAUACCCAUUAUAUUGUUUUUACAUUUCACAUUUCACCGAAUUAUCUGUUUAGUUUAUUGAUAAUAUUUUUUCACCGUUUCAUAUUAUUUUAAAUAUCUUUAAAUGCAACAAUGUGUUGAAACUGUUUCUUACAGCUGUGUGCCAUUUUCCAUCUUAUAAGCUUACAUUUACUGAUAAUCAUUUUUUCACUGACAGUUUUCUUUAUAUGUAUGAUUAUAUAGUAUUUACCUUGCGGAUGAGUUUGUUUCUG